AUGGGCCAGUCCACCUCCACUCCUCUGUCUCUGACCCUGGACCACUGGUCAGAAGUCAAGGGACGAGCUCAAAACCUAUCCCUUAUCGUCAAAAAGGGUAAAUGGCAGACCUUGUGCUCGGCCGAGUGGCCCGCGUUCAAUGUAGGCUGGCCCCCGCAGGGGUCUUUUUAUCUGCCCCUCAUCAGGGAAGUGAGAAACCUGGUUUUCCAGCCCGGUCCACACGGACAUCAAGACCAGGAACCUUACAUCUUAGUCUGGCAGGACCUGAGCGAGUCCCCACCGGCUUGGGUAAAACCCUUCUUGCCUCCCAGUUCUUUCCCCAGGACCCUGACGCCAGCUUCAGAGACCACGGUGCUUCCUGUGAAAUCGUCUGCCCCCUCUUCUCCGCCUUCUGCUCCCUCGGUGCUCCCAGACUCACAGUCUGAUCUCAUCCUCUUAGAUUUCCCACCACCCUAUCCUCCGCCUCAGCCUCUGCCUCAUCCCCUGCAGCCCCCAGUGGCCCCGCCAUUACCACUGGUUGGACCAGCACAGCGAACCAGGAGCCGACGCACUCUGGAUACCGAGGGACCUGUGGCAACCACUCUGCCGCUGCGCCCUUACGGGCCCACAGUGGAUGAUGGCAAUGGGGGAGACAUGCCGGCCCUCCAAUACUGGCCAUUCUCCUCUUCUGACUUAUAUAAUUGGAAAAAUAAUAACCCUCCUUUUUCUGAAGACCCCACUAGGUUAACAGGUCUCGUGGAGUCCUUAAUGUUCUCCCAUCAACCCACAUGGGAUGAUUGUCAACAGCUUCUUGGGACUCUUUUCACCACAGAGGAGAGAGACCGAAUUUUAUUAGAGGCUCGGAAGAAUGUUCCAGGGCGGGACGGGCGCCCAACGCAGUUGCCGAACAUCAUUGAUGACACCUUUCCCCUGACCCGACCGGAUUGGGACCCCAACGUACCAGAAGGUAGGGAGCAUCUGUCCUCCUAUCGCCAGGCUCUUGUGGCAGGUCUCCGGGCGGCUUCCAGGCGGCCCACCAAUUUGGCUAAGGUAAGGGAAGUUGUUCAGGGCCCCACUGAGUCACCGGCAGUCUUCUUAGAGAGACUGAUGGAAGCUUAUCGGAGGUAUACACCCUUUGAUCCGCAAGCUGAGGAACAGAAGGCCUCGGUGGUCAUGGCCUUUAUUGGCCAAUCUGCUGCGGACAUAAGGAAAAAGCUUCAGAGGCUUGAUGGGCUCCAGGACUUAGAUCUUAAGGACUUAGUCAAAGAAGCAGACAAAGUCUUCCACAAGAGAGAAACUGAGGAAGAAAGGGAAGAGCGCCUAGAGAAGGAGAGGGAGAGGAGAGAGGAGGCGAGGGACAAAAAGAGAGACAAGGCAUUGACUAAAAUCCUGGCCACGGUAGUCAGUAGUAGCAAGGAGAAAGACAGGAAGGAAGGUAAUGUGGGGCCACGACAGCAGUCAAAUCUAGAUCCAGACCAAUGUGCCUACUGCAAGGAGAAAGGACAUUGGAAGAGAGACUGCCCCACGAGACCCAAGAAGGGCUCACAGGCUAAACGACCUGCCUUACUGGCCCUAGACGAAGACUAGGGGCGACGGGGCUCGGACCCCCUCCCCGAGCUCAGGGUAAAGUUUAACGUGGAGGGGACCCCCAUUGACUUUGAAGUAGACACUGGAGCCGUUUACUCGGCAUUGCAAGCGCCCUUGGGACCACUGUCAACUAAGCGGUCCUUAGUAAGAGGCGCCAACGGGAGCCGAUACCGGGCUUGGACUACCAGGAGGACCAUGGACCUGGGAAGGGGAAAGGUCCAUCACUCCUUCCUUGUGAUACCUGAUUGCCCAGCCCCAUUAAUGGGGAGAGACCUGCUCACCAAACUGAAGGCCCGCAUCACCUUCGACCCUGAGGGACCCAAAGUAGAGUUUCUGAGUCCCCUGGUAGAACGGGCGGUAGUCACAGCCCUAACUAUGUCUGUAGAAGAUGAGUAUCGCCUGUACAACUCCCCGAUAGAAAAGCAGGACAUGACAACCUGGCUUGAGGAGUAUCCAGAUGCUUGGGCCGAGAAGGCUGGACUAGGGCUGGCGGAAAACCAACCCCCAGUGGUGGUCACCCUGAAGACCUCUGCAGCACCAAUUCGAGUCAGACAGUACCCCAUGAGUAGGGAGGCUCGGGAAGGAAUCAGACCACAUAUUCAGAAGCUAAUCCAAGAGGGGGUUUUGAGGCCCUGCCAGUCAGCCUGGAACACACCACUCCUCCCUGUCAAGAAGCCAGGAACGGGAGACUACCGACCAGUACAGGAUCUGAGGGAGAUUAAUAGUAGGGUACAGGACAUACAUCCCACUGUACCUAACCCCUACAACCUUCUAAGCACCCUCCAACCUGACAGAACCUGGUAUACUGUAUUAGAUUUGAAGGAUGCUUUCUUCUGUCUACGGCUCUGUGAAAGCAGCCAACCAUUGUUUGCCUUUGAAUGGACUGAUCCGGAGGCCGGGAUAGCGGGGCAACUGACCUGGACAAGGCUACCCCAGGGCUUUAAGAAUUCACCCACCAUCUUUGAUGAGGCCCUCCACCAGGAUCUGGGUCCCUUCAGAACCCGACACCCGGAGGUAACUCUGCUCCAGUAUGUAGACGACCUACUGUUGGCUGCGCCAUCUCAGGAGGAAUGUGAGUAUGGGACCCGUUCCCUAUUGCAAGAGCUUGCUCAGCUGGGGUACCGGGCAUCAGCUAAGAAGGCCCAGAUGUGUAGGCGGGAAGUAACUUUCCUAGGAUAUACUCUCCGGGAAGGAAAGCGGUGGUUGACGGAGGCCCGGAAAAAGACUGUUGUGCAGAUUCCCGUACCUGCCUCCAGGAAACAACUCCGAGAGUUCCUGGGGACGGCCGGGUUCUGUAGACUAUGGAUCCCGGGGUUUGCGUCAUUAGCCGCCCCACUUUAUCCACUUCUAAAAGGGGAUGCGGAAUUUUCCUGGGGGCCAGAACAGCAGCAGGCCUUUGAUGACAUCAAGAGGGCCCUAUUGUCAGCCCCAGCACUGGCACUCCCCGAUGUUGAGAAACCCUUCACCCUCUACAUAGAGGAGCGAGGAGGGACAGCCCGAGGAGUCCUAACCCAGACCCUAGGACCCUGGAGGAGGCCAGUGGCCUAUCUGUCCAAACGCUUAGACUCAGUAGCAGGAGGAUGGCCCCACUGUCUCAAGGCUAUCGCUGCCGCUGCUCUGUUGGCUAAAGAUGCCGAUAAACUGACUUUGGGACAAAAAUUGACCAUCAUAGCCCCGCACGCUCUGGAGAGCGUUAUCAGGCAGCCCCCAGACCGGUGGCUCUCAAAUGCACGCAUCACCCAUUAUCAGAGCAUUUUGUUGGAUAAGGAUCGAGUAACCUUUGGGCCACCGUCUACCUUAAACCCUGCUACCCUGCUCCCGGACGAAGCUGCGGAUCCAGUCUUGCACUCCUGCCAGGACAUCUUGGCAGAGGAAGCAGGAAUUCGCCGUGACCUGAAGGACCUUCCAUUACCCAACUCAGAAGUAACCUGGUUCACGGACGGUAGCAGCUUCCUGCGAGAUGGUAAGAGACAUGCGGGGGCGGCGGUGGUCAGCAGAACUAAGACCAUAUGGUCAGCAGGGCUGCCAGAAGGGACCUCAGCCCAGAAAGCGGAGCUAAUCGCUCUCACAAGAGCCUUAGAAUUGGCUAAAGGAAAAAAGGCUACCAUCUAUACAGACAGCCGCUAUGCAUUUGCCACUGCUCAUGUACAUGGGGCCAUAUACCAGCAAAGAGGACUACUAACCUCAGCCGGAAAGGACAUUAAGCAUAAGGCUGAAAUCCUUAGGCUACUGGCGGCCGUUCUGCUGCCCACCGAAUUGGCUAUAGUCCAUUGCCCCAGUCAUCAGAAAGGAUCAGACCUCGUAGCCGCAGGAAAUCGGCGGGCGGAUGAGGAAGCAAAGGCAGCAGCUCUUCGAGGGGCAGAAGUUCUAGCACUAGUAACUGAGACCCAAGAGGAGAGUCUGACACCCACAACUGUUAAAAGUAAGGAACAACAGGCGACUUCCUACUUACAGCAUGUUCAUCAGCUCACUCAUCUAGGUGCCAGAAAAAUGCAAGAACUGCUGAGGGAGCAACCCUUUUCCUUAACGGCUACAGAAAACAAGAGGUUGACGGAACAAGUAGCUAAGAAUUGUCAAGCCUGCCAGGUUGUGAAUGCACAUCCAUCCCAAACCUCAGAGGGAAAGAGACUAAGGGGGAAUAGGCCUGGCCAAUUCUGGGAAGUGGACUUUACUGAAAUCAGGCCAGCCAAGUAUGGGUUAAGAUUUCUCUUAGUUUUCGUAGAUACUUUCUCAGGAUGGGUAGAGGCCUACCCCACCCGGAGGGAAACAGCCCAAGUGGUGGUAAAGAAGAUUAUGGAAGAACUUUUUCCUCGGUUUGGACUGCCCCAGGUAAUUGGGUCAGACAAUGGACCUGCUUUCGUGGCCCAGGUAAGUCAGGGAGUGGCCAGGGUGUUGGGGAUUAAUUGGAAAUUACAUUGUGCCUAUCGUCCCCAAAGUUCAGGACAGGUAGAGAGAAUGAAUAGAACCAUUAAAGAGACCUUAACUAAAUUGACCUUGGAGACUGGCGUUCAGGAUUGGACCUUGCUCCUGCCUUAUGCCCUGUUCCGUGCUCGGAACACUCCCUCGCCCUCUAUGUACAAUCUCACCCCUUUUGAAAUCUUAUAUGGAACCCCACCUCCGGUCUCGAAAGUAUCACCCACCAUAGGCAAAGACUCAUUGCCCUAUACUCCUUUACUUACCAGGUUAAAGGCUCUAGAGGGGAUCCAGCAAUUUGUCUGGAAACCGUUGGCCUCCGCUUAUCAGCCGGGAGACCUUAAAGUACCCCACUCCUUCCACGUUGGAGACUCGGUGUUCGUGAGAAGGCACCAGACCCACAGCUUGGAGCCUCGGUGGAAAGGACCCUACAUAGUGCUGUUGACCACCCCGACCGCGGUAAAAGUAGAUGGCAUCUCAUCUUGGAUCCAUGCCUCUCAUCUCAAGCCUGCACCGCUGCCGGGACCAGAAUGGACGAUGGAAAAGACGGACAAUCCCUUUAAGCUUCGCAUUCGCCGUGUGGGUAGGAACCAGCCUCCCUCCCCCAGUGGCAAGUAA